AUGCGCAGUCUCUUGUUAUCUGCGGCCCUUGCGCCGGCUGCCGUGUUGGCGGCACUCAACGCAACCGAAACCUCGUCCGAGUUGAUCAUUGCCAACAGUCGUCUCUACGCGAGCGUGAACAAGUCGACCGGUUCCGUCGAGACCUUGACUCUGGAUGGGCAGAAUUUACUCGGAACCAAGUCUGGUUCAACCGGUGUCGGCCCGUAUCUGGACUGCUACUGUAUACCCUCUGGUUUCUGGACUCCCGGCAGCGCAUCACCCAUCUACGAGCUUUACAAUGGUACAGACUCGACCGGCACGCAGUAUGGAGGUAUCAAAAUGUCGGAUACAUAUCCAGGAACCGGCCAGGUACUGGAGACUUAUUGGUUCCUCAGAGAUGGGGAGACUGGCUUGCACAUGUUUGAGAGGUUGGCAUACUACAAUGAGACCACGCCAUUUCUGAGGAAUCUACAAGAGUUCCGGACACUGUUCCGACCCAAUUCGGCAAUCUGGACACACCUGCUCACAAACGAGGAGCAAUGGGCGCCGCUGCCCAGUAAGGAGGCCAUCGCCAAUGAAGUGGUUGUUCAGGACGCAACAUGGUAUCUCGGCAACACACCAAAUGAUGCCUAUGUACAACAAGAAGCCGACUAUUUCACAAAGUACACAUUCUCGGAUACGUGGAGGAACAAUGAUGUCCAUGGCCAGUUCGCCGAUGGAACGCAGACUUCGGACAACUCGACGUACGGCUCUUGGCUCGUCAUGAAUACCAAGGACACCUAUUUCGGUGGGCCCUUGCAUUCUGACUUGAUGGUGGAUGGUAUCGUGUACAAUUAUAUUGUCUCGAAUCAUCAUGGUGACCAAACGCAUUACUACUACUUCAACCAUCUCCCCGCUGGCACUACCAUUCUCGAAUCCCACGCCGAUGCUCUACAGUAUGCAAACGCGUCAUGGAAUGCCGAAUUUUACGACUCAAUCGCCCAGUACGUCCCCAACUAUGUGCCAUCCAGCGAGCGCGGCUCUUUCAAGGUAGAGGUAUCCCUCCCCGACAAUGCCGCCAACGCCAUUGCGGUGCUCGCCCAAAACGCCAUUGACUUCCAGGACAAUGUCUUUGACGUCGACGCCUACCAGUACUGGGCCGAGAUUGACGCCGCCAGCGGCACCGCCACCAUCCCGCGGGUCAAGGCCGGGACGUACCGGCUCACCAUUUACGCCGAGGGCGUGUUUGGCGAUUUCGUACAGGACGACGUCGUGGUCACGGCCGGAGAGGAGCAGAGCGUCAGCGUGGCGUGGACCGAGGACGCCGACGGGACCGAGGUCUUCCGCAUCGGCACGCCCGACAAGAGCUCGGGCGAGUACCGCCACGGCUACGCGCGCGACGCCACGCACCCGCGGCACCCCGAGGAGUACCGCAUCUACUGGCCCGUGUACGACUUUGUCGACGAGUUCCCCGAGGGCGUGACGUACAAGGUGGGCGAGGGCAACGUCUCGACCGACCUCAACUAUGUCCACUGGAGCGUGUUUGGCGGCUACGGCAACUCGAUCCGCACCGAGCCCUAUGCCGGCGACGGCAACGUCAAUAACUGGACCAUUGCCUUUGACUUUGACCAGUCGCAGUAUCCGGACGCGACCGAGGGCACCUUUACCGUCCUCUUGGCCGGUGCCAAGACUGCUGCCGGUAACACCGACGUCUACAAUGCCUCGGAGCCACAUGCCAAUCUCAAGUAUACCGUCAAUGUCAACGGGCAAGACUUGGAACCCUGGGUGAUUCCGUACUAUCAAAGCAGCUCAUGUGCCGUACGGUCCGCCGUCAUUUGUUACAAUGUCGGACACAAGUUCAAGUUUCCGAGUGACCUUCUCGUGACGGGAGAGAACACAUUCAUCCUGAGUCUCCCCUACAAUGCCACAGAUUAUGAGAGCGCAGUCUUGACUACGACCGUUUACGUCCAGUAUGAUGCGUUGCGCUUAGAACUCAGCUAG